CGAGUAUAAAAGCAAACAGUUGACUGUGAAUAGAAUUUAAAGCCAAAGAUAUUGCAUUAAAGGAUAGGCAACCAAGUCGUUUCUACAUCGAAAUUGUGUAUUUGUGAAUAUAUUGAGCGGAGUUGUAUGUGCUGAGACAUUUAAAUAUUGUGUUAUUGAAUGAAUAUCGAAAUAAAUUGCAUGUGAAAAACACAUUUAUCAAAUGAAAAAAGUAUAGAUAAACGGUUAUAGUGAAGGAAAUAAAAUGAAAGCGGCUUAGUGAUUCAGCAAGUGGUUUUAAAAUUUGUUCUUGUGUUUGUAUUUGGGCAAAAGAAAUAAAUAACAAUAACAAAAUCAUCCAAGAACAUAAAAACACCCUACACAGCUUAGCAUAUAAACAAAUUAAUUCAGAAAAGCAAGAAAAAUAUUUGAGGAAAACAACUGAGCAACGACUUCGUGCAGUUACCUAGGGCAACCGUGUGGAAAGCGUUGCUAUUUAUUUAUUUCGACUUGUAGAAAAAGUGAAAAUUUCACAGGAUUGACAAGGGGCUCUCCAGCGAUUUAACUAUAUUUGAUUAACGUGAAAAUAUUUAGAUCUAAAUUAAAACAAAAUCCAUUAAUUAUUAUAUGAGGCGCGUUGUGCGAAUCUGAUUUUUCACCUUCAACUUCAUAAUUUCUUUUUAACCUCACUUUUGCCCUUGUAGUCCAAUCACUUGGGCAUACACCGUUUUCGCGUACGCGUCUCCGUUAUUCUUCGAAAUUAAGCUAAGACGUUAAGUGCACGUACUAAAAAGAAAAGUAGUUACCAUGUUACAACACCAUCCUCAUACAAUCCCCCUUGGUGCUGCGGCACGCAUUAAGGAAGAGUCCACAAACAAUCAACCGUUUUUCUUUGCUCACAGCAACCCAAUUGACAACGCUGCUGCAGCUGCAGCCGCAGCCGCUGCUGGACUCAUCGACCAUCAACAUCGUGACCUACAUACUGCGCUGGUCAAUGUAGCUGCUGUAAAUGGUACAUUGUCCAAUACAACGGCCGCUGUUUUGAAAAGCCAAUCGGUGCAACAACAGCAACAAAAUAACGCUGCUCAACAGACCGCUCAAGCACAAGCGGCAGUAGCAGCCGCCGCCGCAGCAGCAGCACAGGCGCAACAGCAGCAGUCACAGCAGAAUACAGUAAAUAAUAACGCUUCCGCUCAGCAGCAGCAACAACAACAGCAAUCGCAACAGAAUGCCAUGGUGCUGUUAAAUGGUAAUGCUGGAACAGCUGUUGGCGGGAAUAAUGGUACUGCCAAUGGUGUUGUGAAGACCAGCUCAUCGGGUCGUUCGACGCCAGUAAAUGGUAGCUCCACUACAGAUCCAGCACCGGGUAAACUCUUCGUUGGCGGUCUUAGCUGGCAAACAUCAUCGGAAAAGCUGAAGGAAUACUUCAAUGUUUUCGGCACCGUAACCGAUGUGCUGAUCAUGAAGGAUCCUGUGACACAGCGCAGUCGCGGUUUUGGUUUCAUCACAUUCCAAGAGCCCUGUAGCGUGGACAAAGUCCUACAGGUGCCCAUACAUACACUGGAUGGCAAGAAAAUCGAUCCCAAGCAUGCUACACCCAAGAAUCGCCCACGUCAGGCUAAUAAGACAAAGAAGAUUUUUGUUGGCGGCGUCUCGCAAGAUACUUCCGCCGACGAGGUGAAAGCCUAUUUCAAUCAGUUUGGCACCGUCGAAGAGACAGUCAUGUUGAUGGAUCAACAAACGAAACGUCAUCGCGGUUUCGGUUUUGUCACAUUCGAGAACGAGGAUGUCGUGGAUCGUGUUUGUGAGAUACAUUUCCAUACCAUUAAAAACAAGAAGGUCGAAUGCAAGAAAGCCCAACCAAAGGAGGCUGUCACACCAGCUGCCGCCCAAUUGCUGCAGAAACGUAUUAUGUUGAGCACAUUAGGCGUGCCCAUACCGACCGCACCGGGCCAGUUGAUUGGCACACGCGCAGGCGUCACCACCAUGAGUUCAUUAGCCAUGUUGCAAGCGCCGUCAACAUUACAAUUGCAUGCCGCCAGUGGCGCUGCUGCCGCCGCCGCUGCACAACAGGCUGCGCUCAUCUCGCAGUCACCCUUCCAAGUACAAAAUGCCGCCGCCGCUGCUGCAGUAGCCGCCAAUCCAGCUAGCUUUGGCAAAUUGCUUACCACAUAUCCACAGGCCUUGCACAGCGUCAGAUAUGCACCCUAUCCCAUUCCCACGAGCGCUGCUGCCGCCAAUGCUUUGGUGCAGGCGCAACAGCAACAUGUUGCGGCACAACAGCAACAGCAUGCGAAUGCUGCCGCCGCCGCUCAACAGCAACACACUGCCCACGCUGCCGCCGCCGCUGCAGCACAGCAGCAUAACGCCGCCAACACACAAAACGUGGCCGCCGCACAGAAUGCACAUAAUGCGCUCGCCGUCGCCGGUCCCGCCGCCGGAGCGAGCGCACAUGGCGCACAAGCGGCACAUCAUCCACUGGCAGCAGCCGCCGCACAACAGGCAGCACUCGUCGCUGGCAAUCCCUUGAGUGCGGCUGCCAAUCCAUAUCAGAGCUAUACGCUAACCAAUGUAGACAUGUCCAGCUUUCAGGGAGUCGACUGGAGCCAAGUGUAUGGCAUGGGCAUGUACGUCUAAACAAAGCACCCAUCAUUUAUUUGAGGAAGUCGUAUGUUGAAGCUAACGAAUGGGGAAAUUUUUAAGCAAAUAAGGAGUGCAGAAGGAAAUACUCUUAACUUAAAAAUAUUUAUAAAUAUAUGAAUAGAAUUAAAUGAAUAUAAUUAAUGCUCACGACAACGGCAUAAACGCCAAACAGGAGUUUAAAUACGCAGCAUGCACAUACUCGUGACACACCGGAGGAUAAUUCAUUGGCGUUGUGUGUGUGUGUGUGUGCGUGCGUUACAACAUUACUACAACGACUUGUGAUACAUAUGUACAUACAAGUGUGUGUUAUAUGUGAGCGCACGAGCGAAAUGAAUUUGUUAAUUUAAUGAGAUGCUAACUAAUACAUUUUUCGUUUUCAAUAUUACUUUGAAUUCAAUAAAAAAAAAACAAAAUAAAAAAAAAGAUAAACUGAAUGGAAAAACACUAAAAAUGUGUAUAAAAUGCUUAUUAAUACUUAGUUACCAUGUAAACUGUAAGCGCGUGCGCUUUUUCGCUAGGUUAAUACCUUAAGGAAACGUAGAAUGCGCGUUUCCAAGUACAUACAUAUUAAAGACAGCAAUAAAUUUGAAGGAAUGCGCAAUGAAUGAAGAAGGGAAAUGAUGCAAAAAACAAUUGAGGUUUACUUCUGUAUGUUUUCACUGCUUGAUAAAACACCAACUAAUAAUUUUCGAUAAGCUAUGAAGUAAAAUGUUAAAAACAAAAAAAGAACUUAAACAAAGAAAUUUGUGUGUUUUCUUAUAAGUAUUUAAUUUAAUUCACCGACAAAAGACAAACUCUAAAUGCGCUAAAACUCUAAAAGUAAAUAUUAAAAGCUCGAAAGAUGCACUUCUUCAACGCGCAUAAAAAUGAAAUAAGAAAGCAAGAAUGCAUAUUAAUACACACAUACAUAUACAUACAUAUAUUUAGUUAUAAGUGACUCAAAGCAAUGAAUAUAUGAAUACAUGAAAAGAAA